CACUUCAUUGAAAAAACACAACUAAAUGAAAUCACAAACUUUCUACCAUUCAUCAUUUGCUCUGUUCCUCAAUUAUCUUCAAAACCAUAUACAAAUAUGAAUCAUAUGAUUCCACUUCUUCUUCAUCUUCUUCUUCCUCUUGUUUCUUCCCAUCAUCAAAUCAAUGGACAACCGACAUCAACACUAGACAAGCCAUCAAUCGCCAACGUUUCCACUUCAUGGACAAUGGACAUAGGAGGAAUGCCAAGCACAGGAACAAAACGUUUCCAACCAAUCCUCACAAGUCAAAGCCCAAACGAUAACAAUCCAUUAUUUUCCUGCGGAUUCCUAUGCAAUUACAUCGGCACAAGUUUCAAAUGUGUCUUCGGCGUUGUCAUCUUCCCAAACAGAUCCAUAACAAUGGAUCGAAAGCUAAUCUGGUCAGCCAAUCGAAACAAUCCCAUAUCAGGAAACGGAACUCUGAAAUUGGUCGAGGAUGGAAACUUACUAUUGAUGAAUUCUAGUGAGAGCUUGGUUUGGAACACAAGCACUGCUGGUAAGUCUGUCACAAGUUUAUACAUGUCUGAAAAUGGAAACCUUAUUUUAUUUGAUAACAUAAGUAAGAAAGUCAUUUGGCAAUCAUUUGAUUAUCCAACGGAUUCUUUACUUCCUGGACAAGUUCUACUUUCUGAUCAACAGAAACUUGUUUCAAAUAAGUCAUCAUCAGAUUUGAGAGAUGGGUUAUAUUCCUUGCUUGUUCAAAACAAUAGACUUGUCGCGCAAUUUACCUCUAACGAGGUUAAUUACACUUAUUAUACCGAUCAAAACGCUGUGAGAAUCGACAACUUGAAUCGGGCUUACUUUGACUAUCGAGAUGGGAUAGUUUCAAACGCGUUAUUUGUUAGGUUGGAAGUGGAUGGUCAUUUGAGAUCUUACGAGUGGAGUGAAAUGGGGAAUUGGGUUGUGGAUAAAGACAUGUUUACAAUUUCAAUAGGUGUUUGCGGGUAUCCUAAGGUAUGUGGAGACUAUGGGAUUUGUUCGGAAGGUCAAUGUAGUUGUCCUAAAGUUGACAAAACUAGGUUUUAUUCUUUAUCGGAAAGAAAUCCAAAUCUUGGUUGUAAAUUUGAUCAUAAACCUAUCGAUUGCAAAUCGCCUAGUUAUGAUUAUGAAUUGGUUGAGAUUAAGAAUGUUUCUUACUUUGGCGUGAAAACGAUGUUCAUGGACAAAAUCGACUUGUCGACUUGUCAGUUGAGUUGUUUGAAGAAUUGCUCUUGCAAAUCAAUAUUGUUCAUAGGGAAAUCCAAUAAGGGAGAUUGUCUUUCAAUGAAUGAAGUCCUAUCAUUGAUGGAUACGGAUCAAAAAGACUCCAAUACCACAUUAUAUGUGAAGGUACCACUUCCCAAACGUAAAACAAACAAAUGGCGUCUUGUCGUUAUAUUAUCGACAUCGAUAGGAAGUACUCUUUGCGGUUUGGUACUAGUUAUCAUUUGGGUUAUACAAUAUAGGAAGAAAAUUAAAUUGGAGCUUCAAGCUAAUGAGUAUUUUAUUAACCAAGUUAAAGGGAUCCCAUCGAGAUUCUCGUUCGAACAACUGAGAUUAGUUACUAAUGAUUUUAAAUGAAAACUAGGGGAAGGUGGAUUCGGGACUGUCUUUGAAGGGACUUUGAGAAACGGAAUGAAAGUCGCGGUUAAGCGUCUUAAACAUGAGUUGGAUCUAGCCGAAGUAACUUUCUUAGCCGAAGUUCAAACAAUAGGGAGCAUUCAUCAUGUGAAUUUGGUAAGGCUGAUGGGGUUUUGUGCGGAGAAGUCGCAUAGGCUAUUAGUGUACGAGUUUAUGAGUAACGGGUCGUUACACGAAUGGAUCUUCCCGAAAAAACAAGUGGUUACUCUUCGAUGGGAGUUGAGAAGGAAGAUCGUGAUGGACAUUGCUAAAGGUUUGGCCUAUCUUCAUGGGGAAUGUAGGCAAAAGAUAUUUCAUUUGGAUAUUAAGCCACAAAAUAUACUCUUAGACGAAAACUUUGAUGCUAAGGUUUCCGAUUUUGGUUUGUCUAAGCUUAUAGACAAAGAUCAAAGCAAAGUGGUGACGAAUAUGAAGGGAACCCCGGGUUAUAUGGCACCGGAAUGGUUGAGUUCUAUCAUAACCGAGAAGGUAGAUGUGUAUAGCUUUGGAGUGAUGGUUUUGGAACUAUUGUGUGGGCGAAAGAACGUCGAUUUGUUACAAGCCGAUGAAGAAGAUAUGUACUUGUUGAGUGUAUUCAAGAGGAAAGCCGAAAUAGGUAGGCUUCUUGAUUUGGUUGAUAAGAAUAGCGAGAAUAUGCAAAUAAACGGGGAAGAAGUCGUGGAAAUGAUGAAGGUCGCGGCUUGGUGUUUGCAAGUUGAUUAUGUGAUAAGGCCUUCGAUGGCCGCGGUGGUUCAAGUUUUGGAAGGAUUGGCUAGUGUUGAGGAUUUGAUCGAGUAUAAUUUUGUGAACCAAAUUGUCCAAUCUAGAAUUGAAGUGACUAAUGAUUCGGUUCUUGAUCCGUUUUGUUUAUCAGGACCAAGGUAGACAUGUUUUGUUAUUUAUGUGACCCUUUUUU